UCACUACGAGUCGAGAGCUCCGACCAUCCACAGGUGUUUGUGUUGUGUGCGUUUUGUUCUCGAGUGAAUUGCAGUUUGUUUUGUUUUUCCGUUGUUGACUUGCAGUGUGUCUCAUCAACCAGUGUGCACAACUCGACUGGCCAAAGAAACUCUUCGUUAUUUCUCUCGGAUCAUCUACAUUUGCUUAGGGCUGGGAUCGAGUGCAACAGGACGACAAUGUCGCUGAUUGGAUUACUGGGCAGCUUUGCCGGAUUCGUUCGCGUACGAUUCCUGCACGACAAGGCAGAUAUCGACAAUGCCGUCUUCCGUCUCCAUUACCGUUUCACCAGCGCUUUCUUCUUUGCCGCUUGCGUCAUUAUCACUGCCUUCGACCUCAUCGGCAGUCCAAUUGACUGCAUCACGGACGAUGCCAUUAGUCGACCGGAGGUGAUCAACACCUACUGCUGGAUCCAACACACAUUCACUUUGCCCGGAUCCUCGAAAUUGCCUGGUGGUAAAGUCGUCCAGUAUCCGCAAGCUUUCCAGGGUGUCGGCCCGGCCUACGAGGGACAGGGCGAACGGCGGAUUCAUAGCUACUACCAGUGGGUUCCGUUCGUCCUCUUCUUCCAGGGCAUCCUCUUCUACCUGCCGCAUUGGAUUUGGAAGCAGUUCGAGGAUGGGACGGUGCGCAACAUGACGGACGGAAGCCGCGGCCUGUUGCUGGGCUGGGUGGCCGAGGACCGCAAGAUGCGCUCUUCGGCCCUGUCUCACUACCUGCAAGAGACGCUGCACACGCGCGGCCGUUUGGCUCUCGUCUACAUCGGCUGCGAGGUCCUCAAUUUGGUCAACGUCAUUGGCAACAUCUUCUUUAUCGAUCGGUUCCUCAACGGCGCAUUCCUCGACUACGGCACCCGAGUGAUCCAGUAUUCCAACAUGGACCAAGAAGAUCGUGAUGACGUCCUCAUCGAAGUCUUUCCUCGUAUGACCAAGUGUACGUUCCAUCGCUACGGCUCUUCAGGCAGCAUCCAAACACAUGACGCCCUUUGUGUUUUGGCAUGGAACAUUUUCAACGAAAAGAUCUACAUUUUCCUUUGGUUCUGGCUGAUUCUGCUGUCCGUCCUGUCAGCCCUGGCGCUCGCCUAUCGGCUGGUCAUCGUCGUCUCGCCCAUCGCGCGCCUCUUCGUCAUGCGGCGCGUCUCUUCGCCGUCGAUGGACUCGGCCGAAACGGUCAUCCGACGCGUCCCGUUCGGUGACUACUUCCUCAUCCACAUGCUCGGCAAGAAUUUGGAAGGUUUCCUCUUCAACGGUCUCAUCGACGAUCUGGCUCAUCGCUUCACGGCCGGCAACGAUCCCAACAAAAUCAAUUCGUCCGCCGGCCUGGAAUCAGCGCCCAUUCUAAGCGCCCUGUACGGAAGCCCUGGCGAACGAUGAUUUUAUCGUUUUCUUCUUCUUUUUUUUUUCUUUUUUUAAAAAGAGAUAGACCCCACAUCAUUUUCUUUUUUGUGUGUGUAUGUGUGUGUGUUGUGAAUGUGUGGGAAGGGGCAUGGGGGCUCUCGUUUUAUGAAAGAUUUUUUUUUUUUUUUUCGUUUUGGUUUGAUUUACAUGAGCCAGCCAGAUUCACUGUGAUGUGCGCGCCACCGAGUUGUGUCAAAAAAAAAAUGUGUGUGUAGCCUUUUUUUUUUCUUUGUUUUGUUUCUAUUUUUAAUCACUUUCUAUUUUGUACUUUUGUUUUUUUUUCUUUAACACUUAACUUUGGUACUUUUUUUUUUGUUACUUUCAUUCGAUGUAAUUCCUUUUUUUCCUCCCAAGUGUACUUGAACAGCCAGUGCCACCAAGACACACCUCAUAAAAUUUCUUUUAUUUCUUUGCAAAAUUCGCUACCCAACGGGAAAGAGUAUUGGUUGUUUUCUCAAAAAAAAAAAAGAAAAAAAGAAAAUGGAUGGAUGUAAAUAACGAGAUGAACAAAUUCAAAAAAAGAAAAAGUAAUAAAAAAAAUUGAAUUU